AUGCAGGAUCAACUGUACGAUGAACGGUUGAGGGAGCCAACGAUCAUAAUGUUGCCUCAAAGGACGAACUGGAAGUCCAUGUGUAAAGGCCUCGUUCUGGGAACCUUGCUGACUAGCUUCAUGCUGGUUCUGUAUUCGUAUGCUGUUCCACCCUUACAAGUCAGCAUGACAGAGAUUCCCAUCCCUUAUUCCUGCUCUUCCUACCGCACUCAGGCCCGGCUAUCAGCUUCAGGGAAUAGUAGCCAGGGCUCAGCCGGAGAAAAAUGUCUCCCCAAACUAAAUGUCAUGUUCAUGAAGACCCACAAGACAGCCAGCAGCACCAUCCUCAAUAUUCUCUUCCGCUUUGGGGAGAAGCACCACCUCAAGUUCGCCUUCCCCAACGGACGUAGCGAUUUCUACUACCCGUCCUUCUUUGACCGCAGCCAGGUGAAGGACUACCAGCCCGGCGUCUGCUUCAACAUCAUUUGUAACCACAUGCGCUUUCAGUACGAGGAAGUGCGCAAGUUGCUGCCGGCCGACGCCGUCUUUGUGACAGUGCUGCGGGAUCCCGCCUACCUCUUUGAGUCUUCUUUCCGUUACUUUUGGGGCGUCAUCCCUUUGACCUGGAAGGUAUUGGGAGAUGAUAAGCUGGCUGAAUUCCUGAGGGAUCCUUGGCAUUACUAUGAUCCGAAUGGGUUCAAUGCGCACUACCUCCAGAAUCUCCUAUUCUUUGACUUAGGCUAUGACAGCAACAUGGACCCCAACAGCCCGCUAGUCGAACAGUACAUUCGUGAGAUUGAUGCGCGUUUCAAUCUGGUGAUGCUUUUGGAGUUCUUUGACGAAUCCUUGGUGCUUCUGAAGGACUUGCUGUGCUGGGAGCUGGAAGACAUUCUCUACUUCAAGCUCAACGCUCGCAAAGGGUCCCCCGUCUCAAGGCUGACCAAGGAACUCUACCAAAAGGCCACCGUCUGGAACCUCCUGGACGCCAAGCUCUACCAGUACUUCAACACCACGUUCUGGCACAAAGUGGAGGCCUACGGGACGGCCAGGAUGGCUAAGGACGUGGCCAGGCUCAACGAGGAGAACGAGAAGAUGAAGAGUGUCUGCAUAGAUGGAGGCCACCCCGUGGAUGCCAACUCUAUUGAGGAAUACGCCAUGCAGCCCUGGCAGCCAGUGGGUGAGAAAUCCAUCCUGGGCUACAACUUGAAAAAGAGGAUCAACAAGAAGCAUCGGAAGCUUUGCCGCAAGAUGCUGACCCCCGAGAUCCAAUACCUGUCAGACCUCGGGGUCAACCUGUGGAUCACCAAGCUGUGGGGCUGGGUGCGGAUGUUUUUGAAGUGGUAA